AAAAAAGGUGUUAAGUCAGGAUUCAUGUCAUCUAUCGCCAAUCAAACCAAAUAAACUUAUUGGAUAUUAUCCAGCUUAUAAACUUAAUUUAACACCAGGAGUAGAUUUUGAUAUCAGCCCAUCAAUUGAUUACUUAAACUUUAUUGCAUUUGGCCCAAAUGAUCUUGUUAAUAAUACCAGAAAUGGCGACCCAAUUGCAGUUUUUAACAGACAAUCUUCCAAGCUUAGUCAAUUGAAAAAUUAUAAAUCAAGAAAUAAUCUAACAUUUAAGAUAAUUCUAUCAGUCAUGCUACCGACUGAUUGGAAUGAUUUAACUGGUUUCUUUAAUCUUAAUAAUUGGACAUACAAUCCGAAUAGCGCUCAAAAUUCGAAAUUUGUUAAUGAUUUAGUUAGUAUUGUUAAUACUCAAGGUUUUGACGGA